GCGUUUCAUCGCGUCCUUCACAGACUUUUAUGCACAAGUUGGAUCAUCUGCACAACACGCUUUAUGCUCACGGACAUUUGCAGCGAGAAUAGUAUACUGGGACGGAGUGUAUAACUGUCUGUCCAUCAUGGGACAGUUGCCUCGCGGACUGAUUGACAGUAUUGUCGACGAGUGUGCGGAUGAAAAGGCGGAUCUUCUCCAUUGCUCUCUCGUGGCUUCCCCUUGGCUACCCAGGGCUCGUCAACAUCUCUUCCACACGGCGGUUGUUUGGCUUAGGAACAGACGAACCCCCGCCAGAUACCCAAAUGCAGCGACUGUUACUCAAAUUGAAGAGUUCAGUCUUAUCUUGGGAAAGUUGUCUCCAGAGCUGCGCGGUCUCAUAAAAUGUCUCCGCAUAUGGCGACGACAAGAUUGGAACUCUCGUGAAGCACCUGCUGUUCCCAAUCGCUAUCUUCAUGCGAAAUCUAUCCAAGGAAUUCUACGGCUACUCCCAAAUCUCAUCGAACUGGAUUUGCGGGGAGUGACCGUCAGAGACGAACCAUCUGUUGAUCCUAACAUGGUCUUGACGCAUCUGGGCCAUAACCUGUGCUGCUUGACUAUGAAGAACCGGUCCACUUCUGAGUGCCAAAGCCUAGGUAUACUCAACCUACUCCUGUUGUUUGCCUCCAUAAAGGAUCUCCAGUACGAGGAACUUGGGCGAUGCGACCCUUACGAACCCGACGAGGCCCAAGGACAGUGCUAUGGCACCCUUGCACCGAUAUCUUCUCUGAAACUAACGCUUCGGCAACCGUGUUUACCAUUGAUCGCACGUCUACAACUGGCUGCCCGCGUUAAGCCGAUGGAUACGCUCGAGCUUCGCUUUGGACGAGAGCAAGACAUAUUGAACGCAGGUGCGUUCCUACGAAGCACCGGGACGAAUCUUCGCACGUUGAAGCUGGAUUGGGUCUCACUCAUACUUGAGUGUUGGUCAGACGAUUAUGACAAUCCUUGGGUUCCGCAACAUUACUGGCAAGUGUUGAAGGUUUCAUCUUGCCCUAUCCUGGAGAAUCUCGUGAUUAUAUGGUCCAUGUGGGACACGAAUCCUAGUGCUUGGGCACCUUCAUUCUUCCGAGCCGUACCCGAAUUUCUUUACACAACUUACCUUUCUUCGCCAACCGAGCAAGCGCUUUCCGUUCACACAAUCACCAUUCACAUCUCUCUGACCCAGAUGACGACAUUAUUGCUCCUCCAGGAGUUACAAACAAUAGAAUGGAACCGCAUGAAGACCGUUCUCGAGGGUAUGAUCAGGCAUUGUGGCACCAAGUGCAUUCGUUUGAAAUUCAUCGACGAGAGACUCGAAGCAAAGUCUCUCGAGCGGAAGGUUGACGAUGAAUAUGACAUGGCUCAAACUGACGAUGGAGCAAUGGCGUACCCAAUCGACUUGCAUGAUCUUCCCCCAGACAUGGACAUGGACUUCGACGAUGAGGAGGGCACUGAUGAUGAAGACGACGAGAUGGAUAUGGAUGAAGACAACAUGGGAGAGGACGAUGAUGAUGACCAAGGUAAUGCUGAUGGAGAGGAUCGUGAAGAAGAUGUUCAGACUGCUAAGCUGGCAGAUCUCACUGAGGCCGAGUUACGUCAGACGUUAAUAAAUUAUCUGAAGGCCAGACUCGGUGCCUUGGAUGGCACAUUAGAUAUUGUAUACUUGCCUUACUGAGUUUCUAAGGAACGUGUAUCAUAAUCAGUGUAUCCCAUUAUAAUAUCCAGAAAACCAAACC